UCAACCACUGGAGGGUGCUAAUGCCCGUCUGGAAGAGCUGAAGAAGAACCUUUACCAGAGGGAGAGAGAAAUCACUGAGCUUCUAAAGGCAGAGAGAAGAUCCGUCCCUCCUGUCCCACACUGCAGUGUUCUGCUCCCCACUGUCAUACACAAGGUGCAUGCGAUCUGUUGCUCAGAGGCUGAGACAAGAGCUCUUUUGGACAAAAUGAUCGAAGACAAUCAAGUUGCUUUGGCUGAAGUUAGAGACAAACUGGACCAUCUGCAGAAUGCUGCCGACAAGAGCGAUGACAGAGAGAAGACAGUAGACAAGGAGUGGUCAAAUGAUUCCAUUUUAACUAUUUUACAAGACACAUUGAGGGAGUACGAAGUCUGCCAUGUGGCUUUAGACUGCAUAAAAUCUGGAGAAAACCCUGUAACAAAUGAUUGUGAAACCUCAGAGAUGGAGGACAUUGUUGGACGAGAGACAAAUGCUCACAAAGCAAAGAAUGUUGGCCAGCAGCUUCUCCUGCUGCAGGAUCAGUUAAAGCAGGAAAGGGAGGACAAAAAGAAAAUUAUUGAGAACUACACAUCAGAAAGGUCCAUGAGGAAGAAAUAUUACAAUAUGGUGGAAGAAAUGAAAGGUAAAAUUAGAGUGUUUUGUCGAAUUCGUCCAAUGAACCAAAGUGAAGCAUCGCAGGGUGGGGUGGCUGCUGCUGUGGAUAAAUUAGAUGAUUACUCUGUCUCCGUGGAAACCCCUCGUGGGCCCCGAGACUUUGUGUUUGACCGGGUGUUCAGCGCCGAAGCCUCACAGGAGGAUUUAUUUCAAGACACAAACAGGUUGAUCCAGUCGGUCAUCGAUGGAUACAAUGUUUGUAUCUUUGCUUAUGGCCAGACCGGCUCCGGGAAGACCUUCACCAUGGUGGGGGACAAGGAUCAAAAGAACCCUGGGAUCAUGCCGAGAUCUUUCAAUGCUAUAUUUGAUAUCAUGCGGGACAACGGGUCUAAAUUUGACUUCAAGGUGUCAGCCUACAUGCUGGAGUUGUACAACGACAAGCUGCAGGACCUCCUGGCCAACCAGGCAGGUGAGACCCAUGCACAGACCCAACCCCGCAGCCCAUCCAGGCGGGUGGAGAUCAAAAGAAACAGAAAGGGGGUUGUAUUCGCUCAAGGAGCAGAGACAAAGGAGGCCUCCAGCACCCAGGAGCUCUACGCUUUGUUCCAGCAGGCCUGCGCCAACAGACACAUCGCUGCCACCAAGAUGAAUGUGGAAAGUUCCCGCUCCCAUCUCAUUGUUGGCAUCAUGGUGGAGAGCAGGAAUCUGACCAAUGGGAGUGUGAGCACUGGAAAGCUGAGCCUCGUGGAUCUAGCAGGUAGUGAGAGGGCAGCCAAGACUGGUGCCAAGGACCACCAGCUCAAGGAGGCAAACUCCAUUAACAAGUCUCUGAGUGCUCUGGGUGAUGUGAUCUCAGCCUUGUCUGCAGAUCUGCCUCAUGUACCAUACAGGAACAGCAAGCUCACACAGGUAAUGCAGGACUCGUUGGGUGGAAACGCCAAAACGCUCAUGAUCGUUAACAUCUCUCCUUCAGAAUGCAAUCUUGAUGAGACUCUGACAUCUCUAAUUUAUGCAACCAGAGUGAAAGCCAUAACCAACAACGCCCAGAGAAACGUGGAGAGCAAAGAGAUCGCCCAGCUGAAAGAGGUGCAAACUGUUAUGGUUAAGUCCAAGUGUGAAUGUCUGUCAUGUUGCUUCUUGACUGCAGCCAACUAAACAACAAUAACACAAACACAGUAACGUUAUUCUUAUUUUUAUUUCUGACAGAUGGUCAUGAAGCUAAAAUCUGGACAAACUGUGGAGGAGGUGAAUUUUUGAGCUAAUUGGGUUUUAUCAUCUUUGAUUGAGCUUAAUUUAUGCUAACAGUCACAUAUUUACAAUAGUUUCAAUAGUUUAUUUGAUGUCAGGGAUAUUGAGAUUCAUUAUCCCUGAGCACAUUCAGAUUUUUUUCUUCCAAAGACGGUGACUGCCUGUAAUGUGUACAGCUUGGAUGGCUCUUUAUCAUUAAACAUUUCUAAGUAAUUGAUUGAUGCCAGUAAAAAGUCAUUUAAAAUGUUUAAUGAUUGGAUCGUUUAUCAUCUGUUUGUUGCCUAAAUGCCUCUAAAUAAAAUUAAA